CUCAUUGAAAUGAUAAGGAUUUUUUUUAACAUAAGAAAACAUACUUUCCAAAUUUUGUGAAAGUAGAAAGAUGUUUUAUUUUAAUGGAAUAUGCAUAAAUUCAACAGCGAUGAUUUUGUCUGCAAAUGGCACUCAGAAAAAUACGGGAAAACAUGCAUUGCUAGGCCCACAGUUUGUACUCAUGUUAUGUAGUGUGUGGGGCAGCCAGUGAGAAUGGCUUGCUGUUGUAUUUUUUUAAGGCAUGGAAAAAUGAGUAUGAACGGCACCACUGCUUUUUAUUGUUGCGUUUGUUGAAAGAAAUCCAUUUGCCAAUAUGCAUAAUGCCCCAACUAUGAAUCAUAGUAUUGUCAAUAUGUAUAAGGCGAUGCAUGCCUCUGUGUACGUGUGUGCGCGUGUGUGUUUGUCCUUAUGUGAGCUUGUGUAUGUGUCUAUGCUCUCUUCUGUCGAUGAUGCAAUGAAUGUCAUAGUGUAUAUCGGGGGAAAAAGCCAUAAUGGAUUAUGAAAUUAUGGGCGUGUAACAUUAUGUAGAUUAUUCACGCAGUAGCAUUCUUGUUACAACGUUUGUAAUAGAACAAUCGCAAACUAGCCCAAAAUAGUUAGCUUGGCACAGAGGAAGCAAUGUACUAUCACUCAAUCAACAAACACUUUCAAACAACUUUUUCAUUCAUAUAAAUCGAAAUGAAGGGGUGUGUCAAUUCAGAUACCAGUACACCGUGCUCAAUACAAUUUGCAUGAAAUAUAUUCACACUCAGUGUCUCCUCAUAACAACAUGCAUUACCCCUGAAGAAAAAUAAAACAAUGCACCACAUUCAAACCCUUUCCAUCUAGAUAUCCAUCUCAUGAAAAUAAAAAUCCCACAUUCCUCAUAGUGCUUUAGUCUCUUUAUAAGAUACGUUGCAAUGUUCAUUAUGGGAGGGGGGGGGGACGUGGAUCUCACAAUAUGUCCAUAGUAUUCCACCGCUGAAAUGGUAUUUGAUUCAGCCAUCUCCGGGAUAUUACGAGACCGAUGCAUCUCUGUCAUCCCAUGAAUAUAACGAAAAUACUCAAUCUCAGUAAAGUAUUCCAAAAAUCAUGUUGAUAUAGCCUCUUCUCUUGCCAUAAGUAAAAAAAAAAAUAAAAAAAAAUAACUAGUCUUGCCCCAGCGUAUGCUUAGUCAUGAAAAACAUCAGUUGUAGGAACAAAGGAAUGGAGCAGUUGUUGUUUUUAGUUAAUUAGUAACCUUUUAAGUGAAACCCACGUUGAUCCAUUUAGCAGCCGUUGCAAAUCCAGAACAAUGCCAGGGAGAAAAAGUUGCAAACACCUACAUUUUUGUCCCCUACCUUCUUCCUACACCGUUGGUGAUCCUCGCUAUUCAAGUGCCCACACGAAAUGCAUCUUUUUAAAGUUGCUGUUUACAGCUAGUGCUGUGUGGUAGAAGUCAUAAAUCUUACGUAGCCAUAAACGACGGGGGUAGUGUCCUGAAUAAUAAAAACAGAGAGAGAGAGAGAGGGAGAGGAGCUGAGAGAAAAAUGGAGUGAGAGAGGUAGGGAGAGUGAUGGUGAGAGCUAGAGAAGAGAGAACAUAAAAUCUCUGUAACACCUUGGUGUUUUCUAUUCCAUUUUGUCUCACGUCGCCUUCUUAAUUUCCUAGUCCGAUUUUCUCCUUUUUAAAAUACAUUUAAAAAAUGGUACUGACAUUAAAACACAGGAAGAAGACUCGCUAUAACUUUUUCUAAGUUUGUGUGUGACCAGUUCGUCCUGGCUGUUAAAUAUCACAGAUCAUCUCGCCUUAUUCACUUUUACUGAUUUGUUUUUACACCCCUCCCUCAUUUUUCAAGUGCGCCUGUUGUCUGUUUCCAGGUCCCCCCACCCUCCCUUCUUUCAUAUUGCGCAUUAGUUAUUACGCUAGUUGGGUGUGUUGCUAUAGAAGUGUUGAAAUAUUAACAAUGCAGGGAGAGUUCUGUUUCUGGCGCGAGCCAAGCGGGAGAAGGCUCUGGUGGAAACCCACUUCCUGGUAAUUGAAUAUACAACCGUGGACCAAAACAGGGUUUCCUUUCAUCUAGCCUACUAAACAACAUAGCUUGACACCUAACCCGGGACACGUGAAUUAAAAAGUACUAGCACUGCCUCUUGGCUUGUAGGCCUCUGUCCUGUCCAGCACGUCUGCAAUUAGCAUAAUUUUUCACUGGUGACGCUGUUUGAUGGGGAUUAACACUCGCGCCUGGCGCUCCAAGUCAGCCCCGCUUUAUCCAAAUAGCUGCGCCAAGGCCUUGUGUUGACAAUACAAUAACCCACCGAAAGGGCUACGAGGCACGAGAAUAACCACCGAAACACACGCAUGGGGGAAAAUGCAAUGGGAGAAAUUUCGCGGCGAGCCGCGGCUUUGCUCGGAUUAUGAUGUUACGGUUUGUGCGGUGAGAGAACGGGGGGAAAUCUGAGGCCAUUGUUAUCAGCGAGCAGGGCGUACCAGUCGACAGGGCAGCCAGGCGCUUGCUGCCUGUCCAUUCGCAGCCCCCCUAGCAUUCCUCAGAUCUUUCAUGCCAGACCGUCUCCCCCCUUCCCAAGCCGAGGGGAUCCGUGCAGGAGCGCCCGGACUAGGCUCGGGGCAGCGGUCCUCGAGAUACCGGCGGAUUUACAUUCACUGCGCGCUUUUGAAGGGAAAGGGGAGAGCUCCCGUUUUAUUGAUUGCAUCGGGGGUGAAUGUGAAAAAUAUAUGAUGCCUGCCCGUGCUUCCCUCGUCAGAGGCUAAGGUCAGCUUUCAAGAGGCCGUUGGAAAGAGACAGUCACGUGACAUCUGGUGCCAAUGUUCUUCCAGAAGGUCGUCAGGACCCUGGUAGCCGGUAACGCCACUUUUGGAAAUGCAGAAAACGACCUACUACGACAACUCGACGCUUUUCGGAGGUUACUCGUACCAAGGGGCCAACGGCUUCGGCUAUGAUGCUCCUCAACCCGCCUUCCAGUCUUCGGCUCACCUCGAGGGGGACUACCAGAGGUCCGCCUGCUCGCUGCAGUCCCUCGGUGGCAACAGCGCCCCUCCCCAGCAGCAUGCCAAAACGAAAGAGCUGAAUGGCAGCUGCAUGCGGCCCAGCUUACCACCUGAACAUCACCCGCCCCCCCAGGUGUCCCCUCCCCUCAACCCCGCCAACGUCACCAGCAGCAGUGCCACCGCUCAGCAGCCGGGAGGCAGUGGCGGGGCAGCCAAAUCUGCGCCCAAAUCGUCCUCUCUAGCCACCAACCCAACCCUUAACAAGCAGAUCUUCCCCUGGAUGAAAGAGUCGAGGCAGAACACUAAGCAAAAAAACAGCUCUCCAAGCGCAAGUUCCGUUAACGCGGAGAGCAGCGGUGGUGAAAAAAGCCCCCCGGGUUCCGCGGCAUCCAAGAGAGCGCGCACCGCGUACACGAGCGCGCAGCUGGUGGAGCUAGAAAAGGAGUUCCACUUCAACCGUUACCUGUGCAGGCCUCGGCGUGUGGAAAUGGCAAACUUGCUCAACCUCAGCGAGCGCCAGAUCAAGAUUUGGUUCCAGAACCGGCGUAUGAAGUACAAGAAGGAUCAGAAAUGUAAAGGGCUGGGCUCAUCAUCAGGUGGGCCCUCUCCAACAGGAAGCCCACCCCUCCCCAUGCAGUCCUCGGCUGGCUUCAUGAACUCCAUGCAUUCAAUGGCAGGCAACUACGACGCCCCCUCCCCACCGUCUUUUAACAAGUCCCAUCAAAACGCCUAUGCCAUGUCCUCAGCCUACCAAAACCCCAUGAAAAGCUGCCCCUCCCAACAAAAAUAUGCCAACACAGCGCCAGAAUAUGACCCACACGGUCUACAGGGUAACGGUGGCAACUAUGGGACUCCCAACAUGCAGGGCAGUCCGGUUUAUGUAGGAGGAAACUACGUGGAGUCGAUGCCCACCUCCGGGCCGUCCAUGUACGGCCUCAAUCAUCUACCGCAUCACCAAGCCGGGAACAUGGACUACAACGGUGCCACUCAGAUGUCAGCAAGCCAACACCACGGACCGUGCGAUCCCCACCCGACAUACACGGAGUUGUCGGCGCACCAUCCUUCUCAGGGUAGAAUCCAGGAAGCGCCCAAGUUAACUCAUCUGUAGCAGGUUUGGAAACACGAAACGACAACUACAACUAACCCGUGGGACGCUGCAAUGGGGUUGAAAGAAAUGACGAUCCAGUGGUUUCUUGCCAUGUCCAAAAAAGUAUUGUCUUAGUGUGUGCUGUCUUCAUCAUUGUGCGUGUUUGUAACAUUCACUUGAAUUGCGUUUAACGUUUUAUUUUCUUAAAUAUGGAGCCCUCCCUCGAAACCAAGUAGGCUAAUUAAAUAGUAAUAGCGGGGUUUAAUGGAAAGUUAACAAGGUGCGAGAUUUAUUACUGUGAGACCUUUUUGACUCGAUGGAACACAUGUUGUGUCAACGUGGAAUUAUGUCUACCUGCGUCAGCACAAACAGCUAAGCUUGACUUACAUCACGUGCCCUCAACUAGAACAACUAUGAAUUUUUCAAUUGGCGCGAGCAAACCACUGGAUUGUUUUCUAAUACUUCCCUUAUUCAUAUUACCUCUCUUUUGAAAUGUCUCACUAACCCCCCUGUCUUUGGAUUUUUUUUUACAAACCUCCUUCGCUUGCAAACAUGGUGGCUUCAAGGGAAAGCCCAUUCAGCAUCACACAGGGGCAUACCCUACCACCCCACUGGGUUUAUGGUGUUAGGGUUGCUAUGCUAGCUAACAUCCAUAAACAAACAAACACGAGGACAUCAAAUAGAUAUUUGUUAUGUUGUAUCGUCCGCACAGGGUAAAAAGGAGUUGAGAACUCUUUUGAAAACUAUAUAUGCUCAUUGACCCCCCCCCCCCCCCCCCCCCCCACACACACACACACUCUACACUCCCUCUUUCCCUACUCUUUCUUUGUCUCUCUCUCUCAGUCUAUUGGGUUCACUUACAUUAGCCAACACUAAUGCGAAAGGCCCACAUUUUCUCAUGUCUUGACUUCACGUGGAAACAGGGUAUAUUUGAACAAAAUGCAUGUCCGGAAACCAAGCUGAAGUGUAGAUUUACACUAAAUGCUUUCUCGCCUGGGCAUCAUUGUUGCACUUAGAGUUUACAUUUUGAUGGGUAAGGAAAAAAUAAAUCUUAUUUUGGAACGGAAGACCUCCAAUCAGCGUCUUUCGUAAUGUGUGUUCAAGUGAACAUUCAUAAAUAUAUAUUUAUUUGUUAUAGCCAGUUUAAAUACUUUCUUUUUGUAUUAUUUAUCCCCCAUGUAUUUAUAUCAAGAAAAAAAUGUACUUUUUUAGUAUUUACCUGUUAUAAAGACGUUGUGUUCUUGUCAUUGUAACGAAUUAAUUUUAGUUAUUGUAUUUUAGAAAUAAGUAGUUUUAUGUUACCCUUGUACAUAAAUAAUGUCUUGACUUGUACAGGGGGCGCGAGGACGGAAUCAGACCGUUCCUGCAUAGUCGAGAAUUAGACGAAGUAUAGCUAAACACUUUUGGAGAACUUCCUUUGUCCUUUGUAGCUCCUUUUAUUUCCUUGUUAAGAGUUGUCUGUUGAACAAUUCUUUAAUAAAAUGUUAUGUUAUUCAA